AUGCUCCAUUCCCUGAUAAAAUCUGGAAGACGAUUUCUGUUUUCAAACAAAUUCAGCAAGUUCAACCAUAGGUGUUUCAAUUCUACGUCAAACAUGAUGACGAACAACACGGACAUCGAGGCCAAUGAAUAUCACAAGUUGCGCGUGGCCACUGUGCAGGAAUGGCGCAAAAGGAAUGCUGCUUACCCGCACAAAUUCAAGACCAACAUUAACAUCGAGGAGUUCAUUAAUAGGUAUGAGCGCCUUGCCACCGGCCAGUACUUGGAGCAUGAGGAAGUACGCCUUGCGGGUCGUAUUACACGUGUUGCAUCGAGUUCAUCUAAGUUGCGUUUUUACGACGUGCGCUCGAACAACCUCCGCUUGCAAGUCUUCGUCAACUUUGAGAACCACAACCCUGACUCGGGUGAUUUCUAUGAGAUGCAUAGUUCGAUAAGGCGUGGUGAUGUCGUGGGUAUCGUGGGUUUUCCAGGUCGUUCCAAAAGGGGCGAGCUGAGCAUUUUCUUGCGCGAGAUACAGCUUUUGACUCCUUGUUUGCACAUGCUUCCUGACAAAUCUGGUCUUAAGGAUCCGGAUACUCGCUUCCGCCAACGUUACUUGGACUUCAUCAUGAACGAUGAAGCUAUGUUUGUGAUGAUGACACGCUCCCGCAUCAUUAAAUUCACUCGCGAGUUUUUUUCGAGUCGUGACUUCAUUGAGGUUGAGACGCCUACUCUGAACGUUCAGUGCGUUGGCGCUUCAGCACGUCCUUUCAUAUCUCACCACAAUGAUUUGGAUAUUGACUUAUUUUUGCGUGUAGCUCCCGAGUUGCCGCUUAAGAUGAUCGUGGUUGGCGGUUUUGAGAAGGUGUUUGAGAUCGGCAAGUGUUUCCGCAACGAGGGUAUUGAUAUGACGCAUAACCCUGAGUUCACUAGUUGUGAAUUCUACUGGGCCUAUGCUGACUACAACGACCUGAUAGGUUUGACUGAGGAGUUUCUGAGUUCUUUGACUUUGGAAAUCCAUGGGAGUUUCACCUUCCCAUACCACCCUGAUGGCCCUGAUGGUCCUGAGGUGAUUGUGGACUUUACACCACCGUUUGAGCGCGUUUAUCUUAUUGACACGCUUGAGCGGGAGAUAGGCACUAGUUUCGUUCCUCCCUACAACUCUGAAGAGAACUGUGCGAAGUACCGCGCUGCUAUAAAGAAGGCCGGUUUAGAGAUGCCUAAACCCCCAACAGCUGCGAAGUUAUUGGACAAAUUGGUUGGUCAUUACAUUGAGGACCGUAUUGGAAAUCGUCCCACAUUCAUCAUGGACCACCCUCAGUGCAUGUGUCCGUUGUCUAAGUGGCAUCGCGACAAGCGUGACCUUUGUGAACGUUUCGAGUUAUUUGUUUGUGGUCGUGAAAUCAUCAAUGCCUACACCGAGUUGAAUGACCCCUUCAAGCAGCGCGAAUGUCUACAGGAGCAGAGCAUGGCCAAACACCUUGGUGACGAUGAAGCUCAGGAUUUGGAUGAAGGUUAUUGUGUUGCCUUGGAAUAUGGAUUACCACCAACUGCUGGUUGGGGUGUUGGUAUUGACCGUUUGACUAUGUUUCUGACUGACCGCAACAACAUCAAGGAGGUAUUGUUCUUCCCUACUAUGAAACCGCUACCUACACACACCCCUUACUGCAGCGCUAAUAACCGCCCCGCUCCCUGGCCUACGUCGGCCAUUAAGCGUGAACCCACUAUAUGA